AUGUUUCUAAAACAAAUCGACCUGACGACAGCGCUGCGGCCCUCUUACUUGCCCGAUGAGGUGCUGUUGUUCGUCCAGGACAAUGUUGGCCUCUACGAGGGAAAGUUCAAGCUUCCCGAUCAGCAGAAUGGCCAGGUCUAUCUGACUUCGCACCGAAUAUGCUACGUCGACAAGAACGAACCGCGCGCCAACUCGCUGGCCCUCGACCUCAAAGACAUUGAUCGCCAUGACUUUUACGCCGGCUUCUUAAAGUCUUCGCCCAAGAUCACAAUCACUCCGAAGCCCUUGAAGCGUCCGUCACUUCACAGCCGAGCCAUCUCCGGCGCGGCCUCGUCGUCUAGAAAUGACUCCGUCUCUCCGGCUCCCAGAGACAGUGCCUACAGAACUCCAUCUGAGCCGCCUCCUCUCACCACGGCGACCUGGGUUUGCACGAUAUGCAGCUUUUCGAACACGGUUCCCGUCAAUUUUGACCCAACCGCUGCCAACGCGCAUACGCCCCUCCCGCCAUGCUUGGCAUGCGGGAUAAAGCCGACAUUGUCACACGUGUUGAAGGCGGCCAUCAACAACGCCAGCAACCGACCGUCACCAGAAGACCCCAACCAGGCUCCGGCCGCCCGAGAUGGAUCCUCGUCCCGGACUGACCCCUCGGCUGCAUUUCAAUGUCUGCGAUGCACAUUCUCCAACCAUCCUUCACUUCUGUCGUGCGAAAUGUGCGGCGCUCCUCUAUUGUCCCAGACAAAUUCGUAUCUCACGCCAGGUGCAAAAUCCAGCGCUGUCCGUACGCAGUCGCCCGGCCCGGUUCUGGAUUUCCGGGGCAAGGCAGCCGCAGGCGGAAUCGAUGUCUCUGAUAGCAUCAAAAUCUCCUUUCGUGGCGGGGGAGACAAGAUAUUUCACGAGAGGCUAAAGGGUGCAAUGACGCAAAGAAAGUGGCUUCUUCAGAAUGCUCCGCCUGCUCCCAAGGCCAGUCGAAGGGCGGACGACGGCAACCCGGACGACUUGUCCGACACCAACUCCGGGGGCAAGACCAAGACGGCUGGCAUCGCGGGGCUGGAGCAGCUGGGGCUCAACAUGCGCAAGAACAAUGAGCUUCUGAUAGGCAGUGCAUUUGAGGACCUCGAGGCGUUGAUGUCCUCGGCGAAGGAGGUCAUUGCCCUGGCGGAGCGCUUUGCCCGCCAGAGCAAUGGAGGUGCUUCGGCCGAGGAAAAUGCGAUACUGGCAGAGUCGGCCAGCCAGCUGGGACUAGUCACCACCAAAGACAUUGUCGGCGGGGGCAGCUCGGAGUCGCUGUAUCUGUCAGAGCUGUCUCGCAACAUGGCCGAGUUCCUCGCCGACGAUUCUCGAGGCGUGCUGAAAAAGGCGGGAGGCAUCAUUACCCUCGUCGACCUCUGGGCCAUGUUCAAUAGGGCAAGAGGUGGCGUCGAACUCGUCAGCCCCAUGGACUUUGAAAAGGCUGCUCGACUGUGGGAGAGCCUCAAGCUGCCCGUGCGACUGCGGACCUUUCGCAGCGGCGUCAUGGUGGUGCAGGGCCGCGACCGCACCGACGAGACGACCAUCAAGGCCCUCGUCGGCUGGCUCCAGGACCUGCACGAGUUCCCGCCGGAGCGCGACGUGCCCUGGGACUGGCGCGAGUUUGGGCGCGGCGUCACGGCGCAGCAGGCCGCCGAGCGCUUCGGCUGGAGCAUCGGCGUCGCCGAGGAGGAGCUGCUCAUGGCCGAGGAGCACGGCGCCCUGUGUCGCGACGAGGGGCUCGAGGGCCUCAAGUUUUGGCAGAAUUACAUUCACACGGGGGACAUUUCGCCGCCCAAGAGCGAGGCCCAGCUCCUGGAAGAGACCAUUUGCAAAAUGCUACAGGAUGGGGACUAUAAGUGGAAUAGUUGA